AUGGCUGUGCAUUCCGCCAAAGUCUUGGCUGUACUGUUGGCAGCUGCUUGCCUCCAGUGGUCCGUCGCAGAGCCAGACCAUGAGGGCAACUGCGCUAUGCAAGUCGGCAUCCGACGAAAGUCCGGCGGCGACUUUGGUGACGAUGACACCCCGGCAAAGGCGGUGGAUCCUCCAACGGCACCUGCUAGCGAGGCGACAGCGGAGGAACCCGCAGCAGAGGAACCCAUGGCUGAGGAAGCUGCCGAAGAGGAACCUGCAGCAGAGGAAACCGCAGCAGAGGAACCCGCAGCAAAGGAACGCGCAGCAGAGGAAUCGGCUGUGGAGGAACCUUCUGUGGAGGAGCCCGUUGCAGAGAUUCCCGACGUAGAGGAAACCGCUGCCACCAUCGUCGAACCUGCAGACGAGUCAGAGAUGGAGGAGCCUGCAUCAGCGGAGGCAUCCGAUGCCGGCAUCUUUUCCGACGCCGCCGGUGCAAGUGGAGCCAAGAAGCAUCCAGCCGCCAAGGGCCAGGGAAAGUGGGCGCAGGCCCACAAGAAGGAAGCCAGCCAUGGUAAGGCGUCUGCUGGAAAAUCCGCCGGAGGAAAGAAGGCAGGCAAGUGGGCGGGCAAGUCCAACCAUGCGAAGGCGGCGAAGGCCAACGCAACCGACUCUGACUUCGUGCAGGUGAUGAUUGACAGGUUCUUGAACAAGAAGGUCCCAUCCAAGAACGAGGAUGUGUCGGAACAUGCCCCGUUGGUCUUCAUGCACCAGCACCGCGCCGGAGGCACCACUAUGCGAAAGUUGCUCUACAACCAGUCCGUGAACAUGAAGCUGUCGCCGCACAUCAUGUGCUCCGGUGGUGUUUCUUGCAGGGAGUUUAAGAACAACGAUGCCAAAGCCGCAGUCUACGGUGGCCAGUUCUGCUGGCGAGAGCUCAUGGAGAGCUUGCCGGAGAAGAAGGUUUCUUGUUUGACCAACUUCCGCGAACCUGUGGCGCGCAUCCAAUCCUGCUACCACAACCGGCUUGUUCACACGAAGAAGAUGCUUGGCCUGGACAGCCUCCUUUCACUUUGUUGUAGGAUUGCUCCAGCAUGCAUGGGCAAGUUGGAGCCGAGCAAGUUGAAGUCGCUGCUGCAGAACUACGGUUGUGUGAACGAGCUCCUCGGCCAGUACCAGCCUUUCCGGCGCCUGGGUCAUUGUGGUCUCAAGCCAGCAGAUAUCAAGGACAAGAAGGCCCGCAUGCUGAGCUGGAACACGACCCUUGAGCACCUCGCCGAAUGCGUACCUGUAUUGGUGGACAAGCAGGAGACGUAUGCGGCUGCCGUGAAGUAUUUCCCGCAGUUCAAGCAGGACCGCCGUAUGUGCCUGGAACGACUGGUUGCGAGGGUCUUUUGGCAGAUGAAGAAGCUGAAGCUGAACGAGAACGAAAACACCGAGGAGUGCGCAAUCCCGGACACCCACAUGGCUGUCAUCAAGGAGCUGGCAUCCGAGGUUAAGCCUGCAGCCAACCUGCCGGCGUGGGCCAUCGCUGCCCAGGUGGCCUCAGUGGUCGAGGCUCCCGUGCAUAGUGUCGUGUUCAUGGGCAUGGGCGAGCCAUUGCUCAAUUACACGGAAGUGUCGCAAGCUAUCCUCCUUCUCCAGCAGGAGGAGGCCCUUUCUCGAAGAUGGGCCUUGACUGUGAGUACCGUCGGCGUCGCGCCUAGAAUUGAGAGCUUGGCGGCAGAUCAUCCGGAGGUGGCUCUGGCUGUGUCGUUGCAUGCGCCCACACAAGAGCUGCGGGCGCAACUGCUUCCUAGCAGUUCAAGGCGGUGGUCCCUCGCGGAGGUGAUGCAGGCGGUGCAGUUCCACGAAGAUGCAGUGGGGCGAGUGCCAAUGUUUGCCUACACCCUUCUGCCCGGUGUGAACGAUUCGGAGGCGAAUGCAUCUGAGCUAGCAGAGCUCCUGCUUGAGAGGCGGUCCCAGGGGGCCCCGCGGCCGUUCGUGAAUCUGGUGCCCUACAAUGUGACCGAGGCCGGUGCCGCAGCUGGUUACGAGGUGCCGACAGCCAAGCAGCUGCAAGAAUUUCGGGCGCUGCUCCGGUCGAAAGGGCUGCGGGCUACAGUCAGGUGGAGCACAACGGAGGGUCGCGCCAUGGGGGCAGCCUGCGGACAGCUGGCGGCCCGCUCUGCGGUGGCCAGCCAGAAGCAGGCGACAGAUGUUUCGGGCGAUGCUGAGUCUGCUCCACCAGGAGAGGCCCUGCUGACCUGGCGCCUUCAUCGCUCUCGAAGAGAGGAGGCGCUGGCUAUCGUGCGCGAGCAUGCGUCGGAGCUCAAUCCCAUCCAUGUCAGCGCUGCCUUUGUUACCCUCGCCCGCAGCACAGCAAGACACCAGGCCUCAAAGACUGGGCUCUGGGCAGACGAAGGCUUUCGGUCUUUGCUGCGUCGCACAGAGGAACUUCUCGCAGAACCUUUCAGUGCACAGUGCUGUGCCAAUGUCAUCUGGUCCCUGGCAAAGCUCCGGGUGAAACCAGGCAAAGAUUUCAAAGUGCUUCUGUUCAAAGCAGCAGAGCAGGAGAUCUCCAAUUUCUGGCCGCGCAACUUGGCCAACAGUCUGUGGGCUGCUGCAAGACUUCGCUGCCGAGCAUCCGGUAUCGGUGCCGGAUUUUUCCACCAGGCAGCGGAGCGGCUUGCAGUGGCUGCACCAAAGAUGACGCCCGUGGAGAUCUCCAACAGUGUUUGGGCUCUGGCCCAGAUACGCCAUCAGCUCAGCUUACGCAUGGCUCCAUUAUGUUCCUUCUUGUGGUUUAUAUAUAUGAUCCUAAAAGGUAAUCCCGCAAAGGAACUAGGGUAA